AUGAAUCGAUUGGAAGUUACAGCCUCAGGUAGUACUCUAGGUUAUGUUGUACAGGAAUGGAGCAUCUUUGUCCCCAAGUACGAAGUUCAGAAUGCUGCUGGGGAGUGUGUUUUACGAAUUGAGGGACCAUUUUGUACAUGGAGUAUGUGUGGUGAUGUGGAGUUCAAGGUAUUAUCCCAUGAUAGAAAAACACAGGUUGGAAAAAUCACUAAACAAUGGACAGGAUUUGUUCAAGAAAUGUUCACAGAUGCAGAUCAUUUUGGGAUUACAUUUCCAAUGGAUUUAGAGAUCAGUAUCAAAGCUCUUCUACUUGGAGCAUGUUUUCUAAUAGAUUUCAUGUUUUUCGAAAAAUCCAAUAAUGAGUAAAAUGACUGCUUUGGAAUGUAUUGAAGGACUCUGGAUUGUGAACAAGGAUCUAUAUAUAUGGAAAUGUUUGAUAAUAUAAGUUAUAAAAUAGGUGUUAUAUAUAUAUAUUUGUGUGUUAAUGAGCUAUACUGUAUGAUUUAUAGUAGAAUUUUGAAAUUACGAGAAUUUAUUUUCUUGUUAUCAUUAGUAUAUAUUGGUAUUUUUACGAUUUUUCAUAUUCACUUAUCACUUAACCUAAUUGUGAACAAAAUCAACGUACUCUUAUGAAAACCCAUUUAACUUUUUCUAAUAAAAGUCGUAACUGAGUUUGCAGAUAACUCAAUACAUUUAAAGGUAGACGCCAUAUAGACAUUGUUAGAGCCAUUUUUAACGUCAUGGCGCAAAUAACUUUAUAAGUGAGCAAACAGACUAUCCUCGACUUUUCAGCAGUUUCUAUUCUAUUCAGAAGUUCAAUGUCAAUGUUAUGCAUCAUUUUAGAAAUGUGGAUUAUUAUUUACAGUAAAAA